GGUGUGAUGGAUGGAUGGGUAGGUGGGGGUGGAUCAGGGGGGCGGAGCUGCUCGGACAUGAGUAAAUGACGUCAGCUCCCAGGUCGCCGAGCAGUGAAACAAACAUGGCGACAGAAUGGAGCGGGCAGCAGGGUUAUAUUCUCACCGUCAUUAUCUGCCUGUGGAGCUCCGUCGGAGGCCGGACGGAGACCGCCGGUUCGAGCCCCGGUGGCACCGGCACCGGCACCACCGGCACCGGCGGCAGCAGCACCGGCAGCGGCAGCCAGGUGCUCGGCAUGCGCCUGGAGAGGAGCGACAAGCCGGCCUCCACCAAUGACGAUGGUGUCCUCCAGGUGACUGAGGAGAGCUCCGUGCAGCUGCGCUUCUACGGGCUGCAGCUCCACUCCGGUGCCUGGACGCAGAUUCGGUUCACGGAGCUGAAUGACGGUAAUGGUGGUGAGGAUGGGGAUGAAGAGGAGGUGUUCGGGGAGGAGGAGGGGAUGGUGGCUGCGCGGAGCGGCAGUGGCAUAGGCAUAGGCAUGGGAAUGGGACAGAUGGACGCACUGGAUAGGACUUGUGCAGAUUUCACUAAGGACAUAAACGUCGGGACCUUUAUGAACGUGAGCAGCCGUGGGACGUCCGGGGUCCUCACGGUGCACAUUAAACCCCUGCGUAAAAGCGAGCUGCGGAAGGAGUACGCGCUGUGCACCCCGAGCCCGGACGGCAGCAGGUGGGUGCAGCUGGGUGACACCGAUGGCAAGAUGCUGGUGGUGGAGGAGAAGAAGUCUCUGAUGCCCAUGUGGUUCCAGGUGAUCUUCAUCUGCUGCCUGCUGGUGCUGUCAGGUAUGUUCAGCGGGUUGAAUUUGGGCUUGAUGGCGCUGGAUCCGAUGGAGCUGCGCAUCGUGGAGAGCUGUGGCACCGAGAAGGAGAAGAAAUACGCACGAAAGAUUGAGCCAAUCCGCAGCAAAGGCAACUACCUGCUGUGCUCCCUGCUGCUCGGCAACGUCCUGGUGAACACAACCCUCACCAUACUCCUGGAUGACCUCAUUGGGUCAGGUUUGGGUGCAGUGGUGGCCUCCACUAUUGGGAUUGUCAUAUUUGGUGAGAUCGUCCCUCAGGCGUUGUGCUCUCGCCACGGUUUGGCAGUGGGAGCCAACACCAUCACCGUGACCAAGUUCUUCAUGUUCCUCACCUUCCCGUUGUCAUUCCCGGUGAGCAAACUGCUGGAUGUUCUUCUGGGGCAGGAGAUCGGCACCGUGUACAACCGGGAGAAGCUGGUGGAGAUGCUGAAGGUGACGGAGCCUUACAAUGACCUGGUGAAAGAGGAGAUGAACAUGAUCCAGGGAGCGUUGGAGCUGAGGACCAAGACGGUGGAGGGAGUGAUGACGCCGUUGGGGAACUGCUUCAUGAUCCAGGCCGACGCCGUGCUGGACUUCAACACCAUGUCUGAGAUCAUGGAGAGCGGCUACACGAGGAUACCGGUGUACGACGACGAGAGGUCCAACAUCGUGGACAUCCUGUACGUGAAGGAUCUGGCCUUCGUGGAUCCGGACGACUCCACCACCCUGAAGACCAUCACCAAGUUCUACAAUCACCCGGUGCACUUUGUGUUUCACGACACCAAACUCGACGCCAUGCUGGAGGAGUUCAAGAAAGGUAAAUCCCACCUGGCCAUCGUCCAGAAAGUGAACGACGAGGGGGAGGGAGAUCCGUUCUACGAGGUGUUGGGAUUGGUCACCUUGGAGGACGUCAUCGAGGAAAUCAUCAAAUCAGAGAUCCUGGAUGAGUCUGACCUUUACACCGACAACAGAAACAGGAAAAAAGUGGAUCCCAAUAAAUGCAAACGGGACUUCUCCGCCUUCAAGCACGACGCCGACAGUAAAGUGAAGAUCUCUCCGCAGCUCAUGCUGGCAGCUCAUCGUUUCCUCGCCACAGAGGUGAGCCUGUUCAGCCCGUUCCAGAUCACAGAGAAAGUCUUACUGAGGAUCCUCAGACACCCGGACGUCAUCCAGGAAGUCAAGUUCAAUGAUAACGACAAACGCUCGCAGCAGCACUUCCUGUACCAGAGAGGCAAACCUGUGGACUACUUCAUACUCAUUCUGCAGGGCCGAGUGGAGGUGGAAGCCGGGAACGAAAACAUGAAGUUUGAAACCGGCCCGUUCUCCUACUACGGCGUCAUGGCUCUAAGUACACCGACACUGGAGUUCCGCUCUCCGUCUCACGGGGGCAACCUCAACCGCUCUGCGUCACUGAGCUGCACUGAGCGCGCUCCGGAAAGCGUCGGCUCGGUCGGCGGUAGCAACAGUCAGAUCCCCGGCACACCGUUCCAGUACACACCGGACUUCUGUGUGCGCGCUUUGACUGACAUGCAGUUUGUUAAGAUCACUCGCUCUCAGUACCAGAACGGUCUCCUGGCGUCCAGGCUGGACAGCACGCCUCAGUCUCCAGACGGCAGCCACACUCGCCUGGACAUGCCAUCCUCUUUGCCUCCCGUCACGCCACCGGGGACGCGCACUCCACUGCCGCUGGCCACGCCUCCCGCCAGGCACCCAACGUUUAAAAACCAGCCGACGCUGCCGGGCAGCCGCCCCGCUCUGACCCAAACCGCCUCCUCUUCCUCCUCCAGCCGCCGGCCGAGCCAGUCUUUGCCCCAGGCCUCUCCUCCUCUUCCCAGCAACCACACCUCCCGCUCACAAACCCCUCCGACCUCCUUGAGUACGGCGGCGUGCGCCUCUAACCCCCACCCGACUCUGUCUUCCUCCUUCUCCUCCAAGUCCCAGCAGUCGUCGCCCUCUGCCGGCUCCGAGAAGGGGUCGGGAGAGACCACCAAUCUGCUCAGUGAGCAGCAGAACUGUGUUGGCCCCCGCAGGCCUAGCCACACCCAGGCAUACACCCACCCGCACCCACACCCACACGUUCAAACCAUCAGUCACGCGCACACUGAAAGCACCAUCUAACCAAAACUAGACUACGUGUGCGCUCAUACAUAACACAAACACACACACACACACUGUCGCACUACGUCCUGUCCCUGUUUGCUUGUCGUUUCCUGAACUUUUUCUGUAGAUGUCCGCGGGAAAAGAGAUCAGCACAUCCUGUGUAUUUUGUAAACAGAGAUCCUCCUUUAUCCCUUUCUGCAUGUCCCCCCCACCUUCUUUCCAACAACAGAAACAGAUAAAGAAUAAAGUGAAAAGUAAAGAGGAAACACUAGAGAGGAAGAGUAGAAAUGUAGACGGGUUUGCGUAUGUUUGCUCUUAAAGGAUCAGUUCACCCAGAUAACAGAAAGACGUAUUUAUUUAUUUUCUCACUUAAGGCCAUUCCACUUUGUAUGAAUAUGGACGUCGUCAUGGCAGCGCCCCAAAAGUGAAGCCAAAACAUCUGGAUUGGCCCCCUACUGGCUGACUGCUCAAUGUUCUGAUAAGAUUGUUUUUAAGUAGUUAUUUGAGGGGGUUUGACGUCAUGAUUGACAGCUCCAUCAGGGGGCAGGCCGUCAUCCCACUGUCUGAAGUCAGGUUUAUAGCUCUGCAUCAACUCGAUGCCGUAGCCCUGCAGAGCCCUACACUAUCGCCUGACAUGCACCUCCAAAAAAUUGUAACUACGAGUCCAAGCCCUUUGGGAACCUCGCACCCCCUAGUGUUCUGGUGGUGAAUUGCACAGCGUCAUUCAACCCCAACGCAGAACUUCCAAAGGUUCACGGCGGCGUAGAGCAACAGCGUACCUCCAGUGUGGAGUUGAUGCAGUACGAUAAACCUGGCUUGACUCUACUGCUCAGACUCUGGCUCCAAAUGAUGUCACGUAAGCAAAGAUGGCCGCUUCUGAAAAGGAGAUAUUUUGGCUUCACUUUUGCAUGGCAUUGCGAGACAUUUCCUCCAUAUUUAAGUACAGCUGAUGCUUAAAUCUAAUAAGAUAAGGGACACUUUUUUAUUGUAUUUAUGCAAGUUGUGAGAAAUCGUUCUCACAAGAUUUUGCCUUGGUGCAACGGAAGCAAAGGGAAUUUCAUUUAUCGCGCUCCCAGAAGUGAAAAAAUACUUUAGAGCAGCGUGUCUGUGAGGUAGUUUCAUCUCACAGAAACUGUUUUAUAAGAAGGGAAUAAUCGCUCUGUGAAGUCUGUGGAUGCUCGAUGAUAACUGGAACAUUGUUUUAGGGAAAGUCGUGUUGCUGUUAAACUGAAAUCGAAAUACCUUAUUUGAUAAGAAUUCAGUUUAUAUGCUGAUGACACCUGAUUAUUAGGGCCCGAGCGGCGACUGCAAGUCGCCUGGCGAAAGCCCUAUUGAAAUUGUAAUGUUUAUUAUUAUUAUUAUUAUUAUUAUUAUUAUUAUUAUUCUUCCGACAUUUCGUGCCCCAAUUUCGCCCCUUUCCCAAAUGCGAAAAUGCUUAUACUUUUGCACGGACGUCCGGCCUUAUCCGAAAUUCGAUAUUUUUGGGUGGUCGCACAUGGUCGACGCAGAAUGGCGGAAUAGCGCCCCCUACAAAGUCCAAAAAUGCCCAUAGGGAAUUUUGCUAACUUUGUCCUAUGCUCACAAAAUUCGGUACACAUAUGUAUUAUACCCACAUAUGCAAAAAAGCCUCUUGACCUCAACCCAACAGGA